AGCCCCACAACUAUUGUGAUUUUUUUUUUUUUUUUUAAGACAACACAUUCCCCAUCUCGUUGCAAUAGAAUGCCAAAUUCGUCAGUAAUCAGCAGGGUGAACGCGGGAUUGGCUCGCUGUUUGAGCCACCAUCGGCGAUUGUGUCGCGGCAUUGCCGAGCUGGACCGGCUCAUCCACAACGAUGAGUUCUUGAAGGAUCCCAGGACGCAGUGGCUGCUCCAUCAGCGGCGUCAAACCGAGGAGGAGCAGGCAAAUGCAGAUGCUAGGAUCAGUCCGUUGGGCAGAAUGGGUUGUGAAAUGGGUCGUCUGCUGGGUAGGUCCAAGAUAAAUCUGUCCCCGCAAUCCCGAAAGAACAAUCUCGUCGUGACCCGGACCUUUUGCCAAAUCCUCCAAGUUGAAAACUCCACACCCAGAAAGCAGUCGGGACCAAUGCCUGCUCCAACUCCACUGCCAUCGCCAGAAAGAAGGCAGAGUCUCAUCUUCAGCGCUAGCCUGUCUCGUCCUGAGCCGUAAGGAUCCUGCUCCAAGAUCAGUCAAAGUAGUUAGGCAUGAUAUCCUGUAGAGAUACACUACCAAGCCUGGCAGAGAUCUACGAUAUGUAUAGAUAGAUCAGUGCAAGGCUUGGUAGGGUUCUCUUUGAGAUGUCUCUGUGGAAAUAGCCCAGAAACGACUGAAUUUAUAUCCCACACAACUGAAGGGGCAGCAGGAGGAUGUGGACUACCAGGAGGAAGAGGAGGAGGUGUUGCCCCGUCCGUCGUUCAGUAUCCGUGCUGCUCUCGUUAUUGUUAUGAAUAAGUUAAUAACAUGGCGGAAGGCUUCUUUUGUCGUGGCCCAAACAAGCAACAACCUGGCAGGCAGCGCUUAUUAAAUGAUUGAAGCCUUUGGUGGGGCGAGGUGGUGCUGG